AUGGCAACCGCCAAAGACGCCUGGAUAUCUGCACUCUCCAGAAGCCGCAGAUCCGACUGGCUGGACACCAUUGUCACUGGAGAUGAAAAGUGGGUCCUCUACGUCAACCACACCCACAAGCGUGCGUGGUGCGCUAGAGAUGAAAUGCCGGAUCCUUUCGUGAAAGGUGAGAUUCAUGAGAAGAAGGUCAUGCUGAGCGUCUGGUGGGGAGUUCACUACCGUUUCGAACUGCUGCCGGACAACACGACAGUUAACGCCAAGGUCUACUGCGCUCAACUGCAAAGACUGGCCGACAAGAUCCGCAAGGAGCACUCGAUGCUCGACAACGUUCGCCUGCUGCACGAUAACGCGGCCCUCACAUCGCGAAGAAGACUUCCCAGAAAAUUCUGGAGUUCGGAUGGGAACCACCGUACAGCCCGGACCUGGCCCCGAGCGAAUACCACCUCUUCCGAUCGCUUCAGCAUCACCUGGAAGAGAAGCGCUGCGAUGAUCGUGACCACCUCGAAAAUGACCUUCGGGCUUUCUUCGCCUCCAAGUCGCCGGAGGUCUACGCCAGAGGAAUCUUUGAUCUUGUGA